CAUACCCCUAUAUGACGGUAUGUGCUCCGUCUUGCCACGACUGCUCCACUCUGCGCGCCUGGUGGGAAGAAGAUGAGGAAAGAAGGCGUCGCUUUUUUUCAACAGUCGUGGGGUCCGAUGAGUUGCCUCCUGAUCAAUGUACUCCUGAAAUUGUCUACUUCGUCUUGCAUCAGCAUUUCGAGUCCCCAUCGAUGUGGUCAAUCUUUCCUCUCCAGGAUUUGCUAGCACUCAAAGAAGACUAUACAACCCGCCCUGCAAUGGAGGAGACGAUAAACGACCCAACAAAUCCAAAACACUACUGGCAAUAUCGUGUACACGUGACAAUGGAGUCGUUGCUCAAAGAUAAAGAGCUGACGGGCAUCAUCAAAAAUCUCGUCCAUGGGAGCGGGAGAUCUUAUCCGGGAAGGCUGCAGGAUGUUGCUAGCGAUAAAGGUGAAAGUGUUCCCUUGGCAGGGCAGAAAGAAAAAGCAGCAGUCUAAUGAGGGGUUGAUAUUGCUUUCAUUCCACUUCUAGAUAGUAAAUUAUGCAGGACUGGCAAUUGCUACUUUUACAUUUUAUGGUGGAUUUCAUGCUAUUUAUGUUGCUGUCAUACACUGUAAUCUGAAUAAUGAUAUACAUUUCUUCUGCUGCAAAUGUUCAUAGUAAUAAUUAAUAAAGUGCAUCUUUUGCCACC